AUCAUCUGCCUUUGAGCCAUCAAGAUGCCUCUGUCUUCUCUUCCAGCAACUAUUUUAUCUCAUAUGAUAGCUGUAAACAAUGUGCCUCCUCCUCCACUUCGCAGUUUACCAAGGUUGAAAAUGUCUAAGUACAUUGAUUAUGGUCAGUUGAAUGAAUUGUGCCAUAAGAGAGAACUACAAUCUAGCCAGAGUUCUUACAAUAUCCUGUCAGCUCACGAUAUGUUUAUAAAGCAAUAUCCAAAAAUAUUUCUGAAGAAAAAAACCAGACUGCCUAACAUCUUCAAACAGGAGGAAAAAAG